UCAGGAUUUUUCAAACCCGGCGGCCGCGCGCGCCCUGUGGGGUUUGGGACGAAAUGAUCGAAUGAGGGACCAACCGCCACCGCCACCGCCCCGGAGGCCGCGCCAUGUACCGACUGAAGCGCAGGCGGGGGGAGCCGGCGACCGGGCAGAGCAGCAUCGACGCCUUCUUCGACCAGGUCCAGAAGCCGCAGAAACUUUUUACAGAAAUUGGCCAUGCAAUGAGAGCUGCUGAUCAAAGCAAGCGGAGCAGUCAGGAUGCCGCAGUGACCAUUAGUAUCUUAGACAGCGGUGAUGAGGAAGAAGAUUUAAUAAAAUCAGCAAUUCUAGAAUCUGCGGUCACAGAGAUUGUCCCUGAAUCUCCAGUCAUCCUGGGUGAUGUGUACUCUGUUCCUGAAACACCAGAACACAAAAUCGAGGCACGUCUCAAAUUACUGGAGCCCAAUGUGAUGAGUACUCCCAUGUCCUGUAACUCCCGUUUUCGGAUAAACCGAUCGAAGGAAAAUGCUGGAGUUAAAGUUGCUCUUUUUCCCACCAUUUUAAAUUCUGAGAAUGUGGACCAAGUGCAGAGAAACUGCAGUCUUCACAAAGCUGCGCAGAGGACUCGUCAUGUUGGAGGUCGCAAGACAUUUAGUCCCAUUGAAUUGUCAGGAAAGAGAUUUGCUAACCCGAAAGAUAUGCCCAAACCUAAAAAGUUGAGAUCAGCCUCUGUGAGAAAACCAAGUGUCACCGGGGUGCAUGAUGUGAUAGACUCGCCUGGUAGUUUCCUGGAUGAAUGUCUAAUGAUUAUCAGUCAAUCCACCCCAGAGUCAAAGCACUGCAAAACUGUGAAUUAUAAUGUGAAUAGCAACCGGCAAAGCAUCAAGGAAAAACAACCUGCUACCCAGGUUUCAAUGAAUUUCUUUCCAACAAGCUGUGCCAAGAAACCUGGGAAUCUCCGUGUGACUGCGGUGAGCAAAAAGGAGAACUUCCAAUCACUCGUAUCAAGAAACCUAUUGUUGAAGAAUCCCUUCAAGAAAAUUGAUCCCAAACCAAACACUGCCUCAAAGAAUGAACGUCAAGAUUCAGUUUUUAUUCGGAUUGGUCGAGAAAAAUACCCUGACACUGACAAAGAGAAUGAAACCGAUGACUUAAUCAGAAACUCUGAGGACGUUGAUGAUCUAUUGAGAGAGUUAAACAAAGCAUCAAUGGAACUGAAUGGAGGUGCAGAUGCUGUGAAAAUCCCACCUGCCUCUGUGGACCUUUGUAAAGAUCCCGGAGAGAAACGUCCAUGUGAAGAUGUACCGGAGCGUGAAGAAGCCUAUGCUAAGCAUGUAAUGAACGAAGUUAAUAAACUGAGACAAGGAACGGAAACAGAAUCUUUUCAUCUGACUGAGCUGUCACGCAUGUCAAGCAACCUCGACAUUACCACUGCUGCUGAACAGUCAGAUGACCAAUGGGAAGAAAUGGAUGACGGCUGGCUGGAGGAAGUCAUGAGCCAAAGCUUUACAAAUGUAACAGAAAAGCCAUGUUCUUUAAGUAAGAAAACGUUUGGUGACAACGCAAUUCUCUGCAAGGGAGUGAACAACCGGUACCGGAUUGUGACAGUGAACGAAGUCACAAGCCCCAGUGGUUUUCCAGAGAAACAUUUAACCAUCACGGCGAGCCAGCUGGGUGACAGCACAGAGCAGUGUGUUCUUCAAGAUGACUGGGAAUCCACUGAUAUCAAACCAGGAGACAUUGUUCAUGUUGAAGGAGAGAAUUUCUCAGGUCCCUGGGUGAUAAACAGGGAUUGUGGCUACCUGAUUUGGAACCCUGACCACCUAAUUUCUGGAACCAGCGUAGCAAAUAGUAUCCGAUGCAUGCGAAGGGCUGUACUCAGCGAAAGGUUCAAGGCCUGUGAAAGAGGAACAAGACAGAUGCUGUUUGGCACCUUGGUUCAUGAGAUCUUCCAGAAAGCAGCAACUAGUCACGGGUUCACAGAGGACGCACUGCAAAAAAUUACCUCAAAAACUCUUCGUGCCUUAAAGUACUUAGGAGAGAUGUACAGCCUAAAACUGAGUCAAGCGGAGGUAUUGCAGGAGAUCAGUGAAUAUGUGCCUUCAAUCAUCAAGUGGGCUGAAGAUUUUAUGCACAACUCCCCGUGGCCCAGCAAACAGCAAUUGCAGCUUAAACUCCCGAGCGAGCGAAAUCUGAGUAGACAGGAUGCCAUGAGUAGCAUCACAGUGACUGAUAUUGAAGAUAUUGAAGAGAAUAUCUGGUCCCCAAGAUUUGGUAUAAAAGGCAAGAUUGAUGUAACUGCCUCUGUUAAAAUCCAUCGCCAGUCUAAAAGCCAGACCAGAAUCAUGCCUUUGGAGCUCAAAACGGGAAAAGAAUCCAAUUCAAUAGAGCAUAGGAGUCAGGUGAUCCUGUACACCUUGCUGAGCCAAGAUCGUAGGGAGGAUCCGGAGGCUGGCUUUCUUCUCUAUCUGAAGACUGGGACAGUUUACCCUGUGCCUGGCAAUCGUAUGGAUAGGAGAGAAUUGCUGAAGCUAAGGAACCAGCUGGCUUUUUAUUUAGCCAAUGGUGUGGUUCAGUCCAGCACGCCAAAAGCUGGGCUGUUACCUCCUGUGGUCAGUGACAGACUGGCCUGUAAAUUCUGCUCACAGCUUCGGAACUGCGCUUUAUACAGCAGGGCAAUUGAGGAGGAGCAGGCUGCCAGCUUUGUGCCAGCAGAACUGAAGCCAGUGCUGGAUCAGGAGACCGAGCAUCUGACUCGUGGACACCUUCAGUAUUUCAGCCUUUGGUACCUGCUUUGCAUUAUGGAAGCAAAUACGAUGGACAGCAAAGGAGGCCGGAGACUCAUCUGGAUGCUUUCUGCAGAGGAAAGGGAGCAGCAAGGUGGCUGUAUUGGUUACCUUCUACGAAAUGGUGCAGCACAGGCCAUCUCUGAUGGACAGUACCAGCAUCAGUUCAUACGGAAAAAUGGCUUCAUCCCGGACACUGCACUCAUGGCUGGAGACCGAGUGGUCGUGAGCGGACAAGAGAAACAGCUGCUAGCUCUGUCUUCUGGAUACAUCAUUGGGGUGACUGAGUCCCAGAUUACCUGUGUACUCGAUCGGAAUCUUUCCAAGCUGCCCGCUGAAACUAUUUUCAGGUUUGAUCAUGAUGAAGGAGUUGUAGGUGUGAAUUAUCACCUCGCAAACCUUUCCAAACUGAUGGAAGCCUCCGCAGUCAGUACGAAACUUCGAGAGCUGAUCGUGGACCAUCGACCUCCUCAGUUUAUUCCUCAUCUCAGCACUGUGCUUCCUCAGGAGGUGAAAGAAACUGUGGCAAACAUUCUAAAAGGACUCAACAAACCCCAGAAACAAGCUAUGAAGCGAGUGUUGCUUUCCAGGGAUUAUACCCUGAUUGUAGGCAUGCCAGGCACUGGGAAAACUACCACCAUCUGUACUCUGGUGAGGAUCCUUCAUGCCUGUGGCUUCAGUGUCCUCCUGGCCAGUUACACUAACUCAGCUGUGGACAACAUUUUGCUAAAGCUGGCUAGGUUCAAAGUGGGCUUCCUGCGUUUAGGGCGGGUGCAGAAGGUUCACCCCAACAUCCAAAAGUUCACAGACGAGGAGAUUUGCAAAAGGAAAUCUGUCCACACCCUUGCUGAACUGGAAGAACUGUACAGCAGUGAGCUGGUUGUCGCAACAACCUGUAUGGGAGUUAAACACCCAAUUUUCAGCCGUCGACGGUUUGACUUUUGCAUUGUGGAUGAGGCCUCUCAGAUCAACCAGCCAAUCUGUUUGGGUCCCUUAUUUUACGCUGAUCGGUUUGUGCUGGUUGGCGAUCAUCAACAGCUGCCACCCAUCGUCCAGAGUUCCGAAGCCAGAGCUCUGGGAAUGGACGAGAGUUUGUUUAAGCGUUUGGAGCAGAACCACGAUGCAGUCGUUUACCUGAAUGUCCAGUAUAGAAUGAACAGCAAGAUUAUGUCGCUCAGCAAACUGGUGUAUGAAGGGAAGCUGGUGUGUGGCUCCGAACAAGUGGCAGCUGCUACUCUGCAGUUGCCCAGGUGGAACGAACUGGACUCAUCUUGGCUAAAAGACGCCCUGGAGCCACGUCAUCCCAUCUGUUUCCUGAACACCGCAAAGGUACCAGCCCCGGAGACAGAUGAGCCUUAUGGUCUGGGUAAUGUUACAGAGGCUCAGUUGGUGUACCAUCUAACAGCUGUGCUUUUAAAGGCUGGAUGUCGGGGCUGUAACAUUGGCAUCAUUGCCCCGUACAGACAACAGCUUAAAACCAUCUCCGCACUACUGGCAAAAGAGGCAGCCUUCAGUGCCGUGGAGGUGAACACUGUGGAUAAGUACCAGGGAAGAGACAAGAGUGUCAUCAUCGCUUCCUUUGUGCGGAGCAAUCGUGAUGGCAAUCUGGGGGAGUUGUUGAAGGACUGGAGACGUCUCAAUGUUGCUGUCACUAGGGCCAAGCACAAGCUGAUCAUGGUGGGCUGUGUUCCAACAUUGCGUCGAUAUGCCCCGUUGGAAAAAUUACUUGAUAACCUAAAUGCUGAACAGAUGAUCAUUGAACUUCCGCCAGCAGCUCAUGAAGUGGCUGCUCCACAGACCAGCUGACCUGAGUGACUUUCCCUCCAGGCUGAAGAACUUGAAUAUGCACUGCCAAGUGGCUCAUCUCAUCAUAGUCCUCCCUUUCCCUCCAUUGGUAACUUAUCUACCUCAUGAAGGAAAACCCCAUUCUGGUCAGCGUUGCAAGUCUGACAUUAGAUAGGCAAUUUUGUAUGUUGUUUCUCUAACCUCCUCUCCCCCCACCUCACCUUCGGAUAAGUAAACUUGAUAGAAACUGAAGAUUAGAAACUUCUAAAUUGUCAAUUUUGAAUACAGUGGAAUUUAAGGUGCUGAUUUUAAAAAAAAAAUUAAAAAUUGGUUGACACUGUUAAUAUAGCUCCCAAAUGACUUAGUCACUGUCCAAGACACUUAGUCAGUGUCCAGAUUACUUAGUCAACAUAGACUGAAAUAUGGACACUAUCCAAAAAGACUCAGUCACGGAUUCUAAUUUCAUCACGUCACUGCAGAUCAAAUCAUUCAGUAGAUACAUUCUUGACUUUGAUCUACCAGAGCAUUAUAGACAUUAAUACCCUUCUGGCCUACUGCUGUAUCAUUAACAGCCAUAUCAACACACUUUGAAAUGGUCUUGUAAGCUGCUUACUCAGUGAAUAAGGUACAUGGUAGAAUCUACACUAACUUUACAUAUAUGAAGAACUUUUGGCGGUUAGUUGAAAUGAAACCUCACAUUUUCCCUCAUUGUAUCACUCAUUUUACAACUAAAGCUGCAUCAGAACUAGUCCAAUCUGGGCUGAGGUGACUGCUGUACAAAUGCAGAGCCACAUUGCCAAUUUGUUUGUAAAAGCUGCUGUUAUAAUUAUGCUUUGUAAUCCUAAGAGCUGUGUUGUUUACAGUUGUGUUGGGAGAUUAUUGAUCGCAUACGUUGUGUAGAAGGAUGUUAGAUUGUUUUGCAGUCCAAGUUAUCAAAUGUACAAUUGUUAUCAAGUGUACACCCUAUCUUGGGAUUGUUUCUUGAAGAGGUCAGGGCUGCACUGAUUUACAAGUGCAGAACUAGCUGCUACUUAACAAGUUGGUAAUGAUGCUAUUUUAAUGCGUAAAUUAAAUAAAAUGCUAAUUAAAAAAAAA